GCUCGCUGGUCGCUGCUCAUUGUGCGACUCCAGCGAGAGAAAUUUCCGCUUCCUGCACCGAUAAACAACAACCGAGCAGGCAACACACAACGAGCCGACACGAAGUUGAGGCGCAGGGGGGACAGGGAGAGAGUGAACACCGCGGGAUUUACCGCCUGUCUCGGGGUUAAAACACACCCCCCCCCCCCGGACGACUGCAAUAUGUUUCCACUUGCAGACGGCGAAUAGCACCAGACGGACCAACUUUCCGUUUGCAUUGUACUCGGAGCGUUUUACGCAUUUUGCACCACCAAGGAGCCUCUAAAAAAAAAAAAAAAAAAAGGUAAAGAAAGGAGGAGGAGGCGACACCGCAAAACCACACAAGGAGUAGCCAGGCUACUACGGGUAUUCCUCCGAAUCAGCACCGUCUCCAGCCUCCAGGAUGUCGGAGCGAGGAGGGCUCCCGCGGACUGGGGGCGUCCCGUCGCCGCACAUGCAGCCCUCCAAGCCGGUCAGCAUCACCUCCAACCGGCCGGUCCACAUGAACCUGUACGCCACCUGGGAGGUCGACCGCUCCUCGCCCAGCUGCGUGCCGAGGCUCUUCAAUCUGACCCUGAAGAAGCUGAUUAUGCUGAAGGAGCUGGAUAAAGACCUCACCUCUGUGGUCAUCGCCGUCAAACUGCAGGGCUCCAAGCGGAUCCUUCGCUCCAACGAGAUCCUGCUGUCCUCAGCGGGGCUGACAGAGACCGACCUGCAGCUCACCUUCUCCCUGCAGUAUCCACACUUCCUAAAGAGGGACGCCAACAAGCUUCAGAUCAUGCUGCAGCGACGGAAGAGAUACAAGAACCGGACCAUCCUGGGCUACAAGACUCUGGCCCUGGGACUCAUCAACAUGGCCGAGGUGAUGCAGCACCCAAGUGAAGGCGCCCAGGUCCUCGGGCUCCACAGCCAACUUAAGGACGCCUCAGUGCCCGUCGCAGAGAUCCGAGUGUACUCCCUGUCCAGCCAGCCCAUCGACCAUGAGGGCCCUAAAGCAAAGAUGUCUGAUCGAUCUCCAGACAUCGACAACUACUCUGAAGAGGAGGAGGAGAGCUACUCGUCAGAACAGGAAGGCAGCGAUGACCCCAUUCAUGGACAGUAUCUGUUUGACGAAGAAGACGAAGUGAGGAAGAAGAAACCGAGACGCAAGCUGCCUUCAAAUGCCGCCAUCACCAGACAACCGAACAUCAAGCAGAAGUUUGUCGCCUUGCUGAAAAGGUUUAAAGUCACCGAUGAGGUCGGUUUUGGCCUAGAGCAUGUCUCCAGGGAGCAGAUCCAGGAGGUGGAGGAGGACCUGGACGAGCUCUACGACAGUCUGGAGAUGUACAACCCCAGCGAUAGUGGGCCGGAGAUGGAGGAGACCGACAGCAUCCUCAGCACCCCCAAACCUAAGCUAAGGCCGUACUUUGAGGGAAUGUCUCAGUCCAGCUCGCAGACGGAGAUCGGCAGUCUGAACAGUAAAGGGAGCUUGGGGAGAGACACCUUCAGUCCGCAGGGGGAGCAGCAUCCACUAGAGAAGAUGAAAACCUCCCGCAGCCGCAACCUGGAGGAGGCGCUGUCUGAGACCGACACACUGGAGCUGACAGAUCAGGAACUGUUUGCCGAGGUGGGCCCCUGCAUCACUGUGUCAGUGGCCGAGAAACCCCGUACCCCCAUGAAGAGCAGCAAAAGUGAGACCCAGGCCAUGCCGUCACCGAGGUUGGACGGAGGCCACACCCCCCGACAGAAGCGCAUCAGCACGCCCAUGAAGGAGCGGCAGCUGUCCAAACCCCUGAGCGAACGCACAAACAGCUCCGACUCCGAGCGCUCCCCGGAGCUGGGGCACAGCACGCCUCUUCUGAGGAAGCUGGUGUACGACCAGCUGAACCAGAUUCUGUUAUCGGAUGCUGCGCUACCAGAGAGCCUGAUUUUGGUGAACGGCACGGACUGGCAGGGACAGUAUGUCGCCGAGCAGCUCCAGGUGCAGAGGCAUCCCGUGGUGUGCACGUGUUCGUCGGCCGAGAUCCAGGCCGUCCUGUCUGCCGUGCUCACUCGCAUACAGAAAUUCUGUAACUGUAACUCGUCCAUGCCGCGUGCCGUCAAAGUGGCGGCGGUGGGCAGCCAGAGUUACCUGGGAGCGAUCCUGCAGUUCUUCGUCACCCAGCUCGCCAACAAGACGUCCGACUGGCUCAACCACAUGCGCUUCCUGGUCGUGCCGCUGGGCUCCCAUCCUGUUGCCAAACAUCUCGGCGCCCUGGACAACCGCUACAGCUCCUCCUUCCUGGACGGAGCGUGGAGAGACGUGUUCAGCCGCUCCGAGCCGCCGCAGACAGAUCAGCUGGACGUCGCGGGGAGAAUCGCGCAGUACAUCAGCGGAGCCACCGUCACACACCAGCUUCCCAUCGCUGAGGCCAUGCUCACGUGCAAACACAGGACGCGAGAUGAGGACUCGUACCAGAAGUUCAUUCCUUUCAUUGGGGUGGUUAAGGUCGGUCUCAUCGAGUCUGGUCAGUCUCCAACAGGAGACACUGACGAGGGCGUGGCGGUGAGCUUGGCCGUCCCCUCCACGUCUCCCCCGUCCCACGGCUCGCCCACGGGGAUAAUUAAAGAGGCGGCCACGCCCCCGUCCUCCCCCUCCAUGGGCAGUGUCCUCUCAGUGCAAGGGAGCCCGAGCAUGUCUCACGGCGUGGACGCCAUCGGCCUGCAGGUGGAUUACUGGCUCGCCUCGCUGGCGGAGAAGCGGCGGGAGGGCGAGCGGCGCGACACGAGCUGCAAGAACACGCUGAAGAGCGCCUUCCGCUCGCUGCAGGUCAGCCGGCUACCAGGAGGGGGCAGUAGCGACCCGCAGGCCCAGGUCAGCACCAUGGCCAUGACGGUGGUCACGAAGGAGAAGAAUAAGAAAGUCCCCACCAUCUUCCUGGGAAAGAAGCCCAAGGAGAAGGACGUGGACUCCAAGAGUCAGGUCAUUGAAGGCAUCAGUCGCCUCAUCUGCUCGGCCAAGCAGCAACAGACCAUCCUGAAAGUGUCCAUAGACGGCGUGGAGUGGAACGACGUGAAGUUCUUCCAGCUCGCCGCCCAGUGGCCCACACACGUCAAAUACCUACCUGUCGGACUUUUCGGCUACAGCAAGCCGCCCUCCUAGGGGUGAAGACCCCCGAGCGUCAGCAGCCACAGAGCUGAGCGGACUGACUUCUUUCUUCCUUUAGUUUCAGUUUGGCUACAGUCAUCUUGUGUCUUUUUUGGGGAGGAGGAGGAAGAGGAGCGCUGUUACUAGUCACUUUAACGCCCCCUUUUUGUGUGUGCGUGGCGAGUGCGUGCACACGUGAAUGUACAGUGUGUGUGUGUGUGUGUGUGUGUGUGUGUGUGUGUGUGUGUGUGUGUGUGUGUGUGUGUGUGUGUGUGUGUGGUGUGUGUGUGUGUGUGUGUGUUUUUACAAGGGGCUUACAGCACAAGUUUAAUCGCUAACUGCCAUUUAUGUUUCCGUUUUAUGGAAUGCAACAGCAUGAAACAACCCACUGAUUUUAACCCCCGUUAAAAGUCCAACCCUCAACGCAAGACCCCCGCCCCCGUCCCGCCCCCGUCCCGCCCCCGUCCCGCCCCUGUCCCCGUCAAGGUCCCCACUGCUCACCUCGACAAACCUGAUCCCCCACACAUGUGCAUGCUCCGAAACGAACUCGUAACUCUAAAUAAAAAAAAAAACAGAAAUGCAGCAGGGCUUCAAGUAAUGCAUGAAAAGAAAACACAAAGCAUGUGAUGAAUCCCACCUCCACAUCAGCAGCACAGACGCCCUUCAAAAUAAAAGGCUUUAGUGUAUUUCAUUUCAAGGGCUUCUAUAUGAUUACACAUAUUUUGUCUGUACCAAAAUCAGUCAUUUUGGAUGUCUAAUGCCAACUGUAUUCUUUCACAGAGAAGAGAAAAAAACAAUAUCUGUACAUGGGAAGUGUCUUUCUUUAUUGUUCUCCAGUGGAAAAUAGUUUAAAAAAAAACCUAACAAAAGAAAAACCUUUAAAGGUGUUUUUGCGAUGCACAGUGUUCGUCUUUGUGAGAGCUUCAGGAUUUCAGGGCGGGGUCGACUGUGACGUGCGGUUUUCUUUAGCUACGUAGUCGCUAUGCACCUGAUGAACACACAUGUGAGCGUCUGCAGAGAGAACAGCCGGUAAAAUACACAUUCAAAAACAGAGCAAAGAAAAAUGUGCAACAAGACGACAGAAUGCAUAUUUAAGCAGAAAUGGGAAAAGCAUGUUUAUAUCCUGCUUUUUUCAAAGGGUUCUACGUUGCGAACACGGCAGUCAAACAGCUGCAAUAAGCACAAUGUGGUUAGCUCGUUAACUCUCCAAUAUCUUUUUCUUUUUUUGGCAAUAUUCUGACCGCAGACCUGCGCAGAAAUGAAACAUAUCCAUCCAGGGAACAGAAAGAAAUGUUUGUGUUUUGAUUUGAGUUAUUUGUGCACAGGUCUGCUACAUGCUUUCUCUAGUAUGUUGUGAGGUGAUUAGUGUGUGAACAGUAUCUGGUAACACGUGUGUGUGUGUGUGGUGAAAUCAGUGUAACGUGGUCAAACUUUAUACAAAAACAAUAUCACUAAAAAAAAAGACAAAAACUUUUUUCUACCAUGUGACAGAGGGGACGUGUGUGUGUGUGUGUGUGUGUGUGUGUGUGUGUGUGUGUGUGUGUGUGUGUUCAUGAUGUGGUCAUUAUCAAUGUCAUUGAUAAUCAGAUUAGGGCUGUGAAAUCUGCAGGAGGAGACUUGUUCAUGUUGGAGCCUGGCUCAAGGCAAAGGCAGAAUGUUUUUCCUUCAUUAAAAAUGUCGAGUGAUAUGGAAGACAAGUAGUGCCACAUGGGAAAAAAUUUUUUAGAAUUGAGUUUAAAGUCAUGAUUUUGAACAUAAACACAGAAUUAAAGUCAGAACAAAACAAACAUCAUAUAUUUAAUUUUACACUCAGAAUUCAGGCUUUUUUUUUUUUAAACUCCAAACGUUCAUACAUGUUUUUAAAUCUGCCUGUUUUCAACCCCCGUAGAAUUUUUUUUUAAUAUUGAAUAACAUUUUUGUGAAAUAUCUUCAGGUUGUAUCAGGUUGUAUUGGCCUAAAUCCAACCAACAAAUCCAGAAGACAAUUAAGGAAGCAAAUAAAAAGUUUUGUGUUUUAAGCAAAUGUUUUGUCAAAGUUUUGUGUGAGAAAUCACAAAUACAAUCAGAAUUAGGAAAUAUUUUUAAUUCCAGUUAAAAGUUGGAAUUCUGGCUUUAAAAUCAUCUGCCCUAAAAGAAAACUGAAAUCUUUCAUGAAAAAAAUAGGAUUAGAGCCACAGGUGAAAAAAAAUUAGUUUGGAGUCAUGAUUAGAAAAAAAUUAAGAAUUUAAUUUAAAAAAUAAUAAAGAAUAGAAAAUUAAAGUUUAAACUCAGACUUGUGGCUUUUAUCUCAGAAUCGUUCCCUAAUCAUCCUCCGUAUAUAACAUAGAAAAUCCUCAACUACAUUUUAAUGAAAUCAUCUGAUUGAUUGAUCUGUGCAAAUAUGGAAAAAUACAGGAGAGGAUAAGGGAAGCAUUUAUCAAAAACUUUUAACUUUUAACUAAGAACAAUUCCUGGAAUAAACUCAGAAUUUUAGUCAGAAGAAAAGCUCCAAAUCCAAGUUUAAACUGAAUUUAUCUUUAAAGUGACUACUUGAAUACAUCUUUUACAUCUGUUGCUAAAAUUCAGUCUGAUUAAUUUUGUUUUUAAGAUUUAAAGAAGUCUGUUCAUCUCUGCCUUGUGUCAGCUGCAUCAUAAAAACUCUCCAACUGCAGCGAAGUAUUAGCAAAGUAGUUUCUUCAAAUAGUGUUUAUGCCGUUGUCUUUGUUUAAGUCGUGUUUUUGUUUGUUUAGAAAUCGAUUUGAAGCAUUUGGAUAUUUCAGUGUUAUAGUUGUGAUGUCAGCAGCGCGUCUUAAACUCGCCUCAUUUCUCUGCUGGACGACGGCGGAGGGCUUUCAGAGCUCGCUGGUUUGUUUCUCUCUUUGAUUGGUUUAACUGUCGUCACCAGACAAACACUCGGCUUGGUGCUGAAGGCUUCUCAGUACUUUCACAUUUGAAUGUAUUUCAUUAAGUUUACACUUUAGUGCAGAUGUUAGAAACGUUCCAACACGUCCAGUGCAGGAACAGAUGACUGACAGGACGGUGUUUUUUUUAUGUGUCAAACAAGAUAAAACAACCAGUGGGUCUCUUGAACGCACCCUUCUCUAAACCUGUAGUCCUUUUCACGUGUUGCUGAAAACCAGUUAAGGGCUUCACAGACAGACUGACUGACUGACAACAUCAUCAGUGAGCUUUCAUGUGACCACAUUAAUCCAAAAUGUAGGACAUCCGGGGGGAAAAAAUAAAAUAAAUAAAAGUAAACUAAAUUUCUGUUUCGAACAACAAACCAACAAUUUUUUUUACAUCACUUCAAAAAUUGCCAAUUUGUGACUUUUCACUUCCUUAAAACUCGAAAAAAAUCACUAAAGAAUUCAAUGAAGUUCUGCUUUUGCACAUGAAUGGAAUUAACUUUUGGGUUGCCAGGUUGGGAGGCCAAAUUCAGCAAAGUGUCCCUUUGGUUUGCUUACAAUAUAUCCCUUGCUUGUUUUUUUUUUUUAUUGCAGCACUUUCAAUAUUAUCAUGAAAAUAGAAAACAAACCCAGAUCAGACACCAAACUCUUUCGGUUUCAUCUUUUUGUGUCUUUAAGCUCAUUGUUUUGGUAUCAGGGCGGCAACAUUACUUGUUUUGAGUGACAAUUACAGCUCAGCUUAGCUUAGCUGUUUUCUGAUGUCAAAACAUUUCUAUCAAAAGAAGCUCUGAAACUUUCUUCACACUACCUUUUGCACCAAAACUUCCAACUUAAUGACUAACGAGGGGAAAUAGUGGUGCAUUAGCAACCACAAGGCGCCGUAUUAUUUAGAGUUGGUGGAGACCAAACAUGGAGCUAAAAGAGAGUUAAUAUUGUACAUCAGGUAUCCAACUUUAAGUUAAUGAUUAUGUUAUUCUGAAACUAGUAAUGUCUUUCCUUGAUCCCUAACUUGUUAUAACUUUGAAAUUGGACAAUAAGUUAUUCAUGUUAAUUGCUGCCCCAAGGCCGGAAACAUUUUUUUUAUUUUUUUAUUUUUACAAGGUAUAAUGUAAAUAAACAAUGAAAGGGAUUCUUCACAAAAAUGAAGUGGCAACCCAAAACAUAAUUUACUUUGUGCACUGUAAUAACUUCUUUUAUUAGUUUGGUAUCUUUAUAUCUCAAACUUUUAAUUCAAAUUAAGAAAUGUUUCAUUAAAGUACGCUUUAUAACGACAACAACGCCAAACUUGUCACAUUUGAAAAACUGGAUUUUAAACCAUGAAAAUCGUUUUAGAAUGAAGUACCGGUAUUUGAUAUUUAACUUACACUGUAACCAUGGGUAAUCUUGUGUCUGUUGUUUAGAAACAACCUCAUUAACACAAAAUGCUCUUUGCCUUGUAGUGUCGUUAGCUUAAAUAUUGAAGCAUUGCUGUGAAUCCAAACUUGUCAGUAAUUGUACAAAGUCAAAAUUGAUUGACGACUCUUUUUCUUGGAGGGGAUUGAACAUCAGCUGAGUCUCCCUGAACAUCGAUUUAUUCUACAGAAAAAAGAGGCGUUAAAAGAAAAAUCACUGCCAAAAUUACAUUGUGAAGAAGUCGUGAAUAUAUCGAACGAGACUUUGAGUUGUUUUUUUUUGGUUGUUCAUAACAACAAAGUGAUCCUUUUUCUUACGUCAUCGUUUCAAUGUUUGGAGGAAGUGAACCCUUUUUUUAAUCCCAUCCGUCUCUCUGCUCAUUCUCACUGUUUACAUGUUUUUUCUAAAGUCUCUGGUUGUUCCGUGCGUUAAGUCUUGAACCUUGUUCCUGUGUGUUUUUACCUGUACCUCUGUACCUGUGUCGACAUGUGUUUGUGGCGGUGGUUCCUCUGUCCUUUGACUUGUCGUGGUUAGAGAAUAGUAUCUGUUUGGUCCGUCAAUAAUCCACAUCAGUGAUCAGCAGUCUCUUUUCUCGACACCGUCCUCGGAUAAAGUGUCUCUCUGAUGAUGAAACUCUUCGUCAUCGGGCUUCCACGAGCUUAGCUUUCUGAAAACACAAUAAACAAUACUGUCCCCAUUCCCUCACAGCUUGUACAUUUUGCUGUCUGUCUUUACGGGAACAGGAUUGACCUAUGAAAGCAGUAGAUUUUCCGCCUGGCUCAGAUCAGGACGUCCUCAGCUUGUUGACAGUAUUUUGCACACGCCAUUGUUUUCUUCAGCAGCAGACUUCAGCUUUUUUGCCUUUUGCCUAUAACGAUAAUAAUAAUAAUAAUAAACUAUAACGCUUGUACAUAUCAGAUAGUACUUGUUAUAUUGUAUUCCAUUUUUUUUCUUUUUCUUUAUUUCAACAUGUUUUGUAGUACUGCUUUUUCAUGAUUGCGUUUGUCAAUGAAAACAGAUGUGGGGUGGAAAGUGGAAGUGUUUAUUGUUUCAUUUGUUUUUUUAAAUAAACAUAUUCCUGAUUUGUA